UGGACGCCUAACUUUAUUCAGUUGACAGCAAGUAGGAGGGCUCUCUGGGAAGGGGGGGUGGGGGGGAAAAAAAAAAGACAGCGCGAGAAAAAAAAAAUUAGUAUUUUCCAUCUUCCGAAAUUAAUGGCCAUGAGUUCGUAUAUGGUGAACUCGAAGUACGUGGACCCCAAAUUCCCCCCGUGCGAGGAGUAUUUGCAGAACAACUACCUAGCCGAGCAAGGCUCGGAUUACUACGGCGCCUCGCCAGACUCGGAUUUCCAGCACCAGGGACUCUAUGCGCGGCCAAACUACAGCGGGCAGCAGCCCUACAGCUGCAGCAAUGCCCAAGGCUCGGCGGUGCAAGCGCGGGGUCACGGGCAGGAGCCGUCCGGCCUGACGGGGCCCUUCCCCGGGCAAGGGGAGCACUGCCCCCCGGCCCCUGUGCCUGCCCCCAGGACUUGCAGCCAGCAGCACCCAAAUCUCAAAAGCCCCAACGGGUCACCCGCAGCAGCAGCAGCAGCAGCAGCAGCAGCAGCAGCCAAGCAGCCAGCCGUGGUGUAUCCCUGGAUGAAGAAAGUCCACGUUAACUCUGUAAAUCCAAACUACACAGGAGGAGAACCAAAGCGCUCCCGCACGGCUUACACCAGGCAGCAAGUCCUUGAACUGGAAAAGGAAUUUCACUUUAACCGGUACUUGACCAGGCGCCGCAGGAUUGAAAUCGCCCACACGUUGUGUCUCUCCGAGCGGCAGAUUAAGAUCUGGUUUCAGAACCGAAGGAUGAAGUGGAAGAAAGACCACAAACUCCCCAACACCAAAGGCCGCACAUCCAGUUCGUCCUCCGCCUCCAGCCAACACCUACAAACUGUUUCCAAGGAACACCAAACGGAUUUGACCACUUUAUAGGAAACUUGGAAACAAGCCUUUUUUUUUUUCCCUCCACUCCCAGGGGUUUUUCUUUGGAAGGGAGGCUGCCCAGAGUGCAGGCCGCCAAAUACAAGCACAUAGAUACUCAUCCUGGUGAAAGGGAAAGCAAGGUGUAGCCCUUGACAACUUUCCAAUGGGUCGCCUCCUGUUUUCUAAGACAGUGGAGACAAAUGUUGCGGGGACCACAGGAGUCACGGAAGGCAACUUAAACAUUCAAACAAACAAAUUCUGCUUCCAGGUGGUGAGAAAAUGAUAUACUGUAUAUCUGUCUGUCUCUAUGUAUGUGGAAAACAUAAAUGAAUCAAAUUAAUAUUUUUAAAUGAAAUUCCCCUGGCAGCAUACAGUCAGGCGCUAUUGCAGACAAACCAUUUGGAAUUGCCUUUAUGAUCUACCAGGAAGGGUUUUGGGUGUUUGAGACUAGCUGUUUUUUGCCUGUUUUUCCAUCAUUCCAGGUUGUAGAGCAGGGCAGAUCCAAACCUGACCUUUUGUCUUGAAAACAGGCAAACAUUCCCUUUCCAUUUCUUUUGAGUACUUUCAAUAAACAACCUUAAAUUAAAAGCUUACCCAAUUCCUCUACCUUUUCAGGAAGAUCUUUAAACAAGGAAGUGAAACGGGUUGUUUUCAUGUAUUGGUGAUAUUUGUUAUUAGCC